CGAUAACAUCGGCAUAGAGAACAGCGGAAUAAAGUGUGUGUUUGUAGAGUGUUGAACAGUUAGUAAACUGAAAUUGUGAUUUAUUGAGUAAUAAAUAAACAUAAAUCUUGGGACUUUUAUUUAUCGAUCCAAGAAUCGAUCUCGAAGGAGCGAAACUCGUUACAAAAUUUUAAAUUAAAGUAUUCGAACAGCCCUGUGGUUUAUGACUCAAAAUAUUCAAUUAAGAAGAAGCAGACCUUUGGAAGCAAAAACAGAAAACGUCAAUAAAAUUUUACAUUGGUUGUGAGUGAAAAGUGACGAAAAUAAUUGAAUAAGUUAUUUAUAAAUCAUUUGUAAAGUGAUCUUCUGAAACGGCACUAGCACAAGAUGGGUUCCGAAGACACAGAGAGUAGUUCUGGCGACAAAAUCCAAAAAGGUUUUCAAAUAAACUAUAUGAUUCUUCGCGAUGCAGAUUCCGGAAAGGUAAUCUGGCAAGAAAAUAAAGAUUUCUCAUCGCCAGAUGUUGAACAUGAAGCGCGUGUGCCAAUCAAAAUAUUGGAUUUGAGAGCAGUGUCCCGUGAAAUUAACUUCAGUACUAUUGAACCGAUGGAAAACUUUCGUCUUGAUCAAAAGGUGCUCUUCAAAGGACGCAUAAUGGAAGAAUGGUUUUUUGAAAUGGGUUGGGUGGGCGCAAACACAACAAAUACUUGGCAAUCGACAAUCGAGGCAGCACCCGAAUCCCAAAUGAUGCCAGCCAAGGUCUUAAAUGGCAAUGUCACUAUUCAAACAAGUUUCUAUGACAACGACACACUUAUCACCAAAUCAAUUGUGCGGCUCUACUACAUUUAAGCAAACUACCAAGGCAAUAGAGUGCUUCAAACCAAUUCUGCCCACACCUUGGCUCUUUACAUUUUUUUAGAAGCUUAAUUUCCAAAUAUAUACUUUUGGUGACGCA